CGAGUGCUCUUCUUUUCUUACGUACUAAAGGCUGUUUCUCAAGGGGAUGGCUGUCAUUUUUGCCAAGUCGAACUUCCGCUCACGUUACGCCAGCGAAACUCGUAUCGUGGAGCUCGGUUCCAGCAGAAACUCUAUCUAGCUUGGAUUAACGUCCCGCUCUAUUUACCGCACCGCGAUACGUUUAUCUUAGGUUUCUUUUUUUCUACAUUUUUGAAUAAUAAGCUCGAUCAGAAAGAAAAGAACACAACGAGAGAAUCGGAAACGAUCGUUUCGCAAUUUGAUAUCACGAUAAAAAUCGUCGUCACUAAUUAUUAAUUAUAAAGCCGUAGCGUACGCAGAUAAAAUUUACGUUCUUGUUUUAUCAUCAAGCGUUUGGAUGAAAAUUUGAGUUAAAAUGUUGAAAUUUGUUUCGCGCGUUAUCAUUAAUCCUACUGCGCUCUUGCGGUAGUUUUCGUGCCACUUGCGUUUUUCUAACGUUGAAAACUGUCUUAAGUUUGACGAAUAUAUGGAGGAAUUCUUGUUCCAAGUUUAUGAUAAACAGAUUCUUUUUCGAAAAAUUCCAGGGUCGUACCGAUUUUUUGUAAAAUUCCUUCGUAUACUUUUUCAUAAAGAAACCACGAUAUAAAAUAUUGGCAUCGAGUAGACUUCAACAGGAGUAAUACAGAAAUUCUAUAUUUCAUACAAUAUAUGUAUGUAGAAACUUCCGCGCAAAUUGGUCAAUUACUUCUUGACAUAUCAUGAUAUCCAAUUUCGAAAAGCUAUUUAAAGUUCAGCGUGUAACAGCCAUACCGUACUUCAAACUUCCAAUCGAAUUUCGCUAUUCUAUCUUACACGUGUGCUCUGCGUAGUUCGUACUCUUUAAAAAUGUAAAGAUAUUUCCUUUUUUAUGCUCGGUAAUUAAAAAGAACACAAAAACCGACAAUGAAAAUUUUUCUCUGGAAUGCAGCAUUUUAAUGACAUUUUCUCGCAUCAAUUUUCCAUUUUACAUGUAUGCCUUUAUUGAAAAUAUCAAACAAGUUUCCUUUUCAAAAUUUAAAUUUACCGAAUGCCUCUUGAUUAAAAAAAGAAAAAAAAAAUAGGAAAAAAGAAGAUAUCGAAGCAAUAAUUAACAAGUACGAUAAAUCUUUGUAUCGUGAACCAAAUUGUGAUUCGAAUCGCGACGUUAAAAACCAGUCCGUUCGUUCAAUAAAUGCAUUCUUGUUCCUAAUCGUAGAACGAUCGAGAGUUGACCGGUUGAGCGCAAAACAGCCAAAGAGAAGUGCAUUGAACGAAACCAAAUCGAUACCAAAAGAGGCGGGGAAGUUAGCUCGAUCUAGGGGAAGACGGAGGAGGGGGUGGUGGCGGUUAGUCGUUUUUUCGUUUUUCGAGAUGAAGCGACCAGGGUAUCGCGCGAGUUUCGCUUGAGAGUAGGAUCCCUCGGGUUCAGUGAAGUAUCGACGAAAAAAGAAAGAAGAUAAAAGUGACGAGUGAAAACAGGAAGAUCAAGACGGCCAAGAUGAUGAAGAAGGAGAAACCGAUGAUGUCGGUGACCGCCAUCAUCCAGGGGACCCAGGCCCGGCAUUGGUCCCGUGGGAACACUUGGUUGAGUCUGGACAACAGUAACAUGUCCAUGUCCUCGGUGGGUCCACAAAGUCCACUGGACAUGAAACCUGACACAGCGAGCCUCAUCAAUCCAGGGAACUUCAGUCCUUCCGGUCCCAAUAGUCCUGGCAACCUUCUGAGUACGUCGCCGAGUGGACAGAACAAAGCAGCCGCACCCUAUCCGCCGAACCACCCUCUUUCCGGAAGCAAGCAUCUUUGCUCGAUCUGCGGUGACCGUGCCAGUGGCAAGCAUUAUGGUGUCUAUAGCUGCGAGGGUUGCAAGGGCUUUUUCAAGAGGACCGUACGCAAGGACCUGUCGUACGCGUGUCGCGAGGAGAAGUCCUGCAUCAUCGACAAACGGCAGAGAAAUCGAUGUCAGUAUUGUAGAUACCAGAAAUGCCUGGCGAUGGGCAUGAAGAGAGAAGCAGUACAGGAAGAGCGUCAACGUACCAAGGAAAGGGAUCAGAGCGAGGUGGAGAGCACCAGUAGCCUGCACUCGGACAUGCCGAUCGAGCGUAUUCUGGAAGCCGAGAAACGAGUCGAGUGCAAAAUGGAACAGCAAGGAAAUUACGAGAAUGCAGUGUCGCACAUUUGCAACGCCACGAACAAACAGCUGUUCCAGCUGGUAGCAUGGGCGAAACACAUCCCGCAUUUUACGUCGUUGCCGCUGGAGGAUCAGGUACUUCUGCUCAGGGCCGGCUGGAACGAGUUGCUGAUAGCAUCCUUUUCCCACCGUUCGAUCGACGUGAAGGACGGUAUCGUGCUGGCGACAGGGAUCACGGUGCACCGAAACUCCGCGCAGCAGGCUGGCGUGGGCACGAUAUUCGACCGGGUACUUUCCGAGCUUGUAUCGAAAAUGCGCGAAAUGAAGAUGGACAGGACGGAGCUUGGUUGCCUGAGAUCUAUAAUACUCUUCAACCCCGAAGUCCGAGGACUAAAAUCCAUCCAGGAAGUAACCCUGCUCCGCGAGAAGAUCUACGCAGCGCUGGAAGGCUAUUGUCGCGUAGCCUGGCCCGACGAUGCUGGAAGAUUCGCGAAAUUACUGUUACGUCUGCCGGCCAUCCGAUCCAUCGGAUUAAAGUGUCUGGAGUACCUGUUCUUUUUCAAAAUGAUCGGCGACGUGCCGAUCGACGAUUUCCUCGUGGAGAUGCUAGAGUCACGAUCGGACCCUUAGGAGCAAAAGGUGUGCCGCGUCUUGGGGCACACCGAUUUAUAAAGAAAAAAAAUAACGGAACAUAAAGAAGGACACAUAUAUAUGUAUAUAUACAUAGAUAUAUAUCGACAAGAAAAGAAAAACAAAUAACAGCACUCAAGAUAUAUAUAUAUAUAUAUAUAUGCGUGUGUAAGAAAAGAAAUUCCCGUUGGUAACUCUAAUACGCCUCUCACGGUGGUUAAAAAACGAAAAAAAGAAAAAAAAAACAAAAAGAAAAAUUGAUACUCUCACAGAAGUCGAGUAAGGUGGAAUUUACUUACGUUUCUUCUUCUUCACCAUUUUAUUUAUAUCUGUUCGAUAACGCAUUAUAUUUGAUGUAAAGACGAUCCUUUUCUUCGAUUCGUAUCGAGAGCAUGCCGGAAGUCGAGCAACGGAUAAUACACUCCCGGAGAACAAAGAGACCCAGCGCUUUUUUAAACGAUCGAUUCAAUGAAAUUUCCAAGCUCUCGAAGUCGCUUAUUUAUACCUUGGAACGAUCUCUCUCUUUGCAUUCUUUAGUCUAUGACACACGUCGAGUAUGUGUGUCAUGCCAUCGUAUGUCCGAGCAAAGUUCUCACGCGUGACGAUUUCCUACCGGAUAUUGCCGAUCCUUGAUUUAGUCUGGGCUUCGAUUGCGCUCACGUCGAACUGUUUACACUCUGCAACCACGUGGAAGUUCCUAAGACGCUGUUUUCUCAUGUUUCUUCUUACCUUUUUGUUACAUCCUCUGUUACAACCUGUGUUAUCUCUUGUCAUCGUUGACGUGUCAGUUUCAAUCUGCUUCGCCAGUCUUUCAGAAUACAUAUAUAGUUGUACAGACGACACGAUUCUCCAACGAUCUCCUCCAGUUUUGUAUGGAUUGCGGUCCUCGACGUGGGUGCAAUCCGUAAUAAGCGUAAGCUUAUCGGGUAUUUUUACAUUCCAACGCUGCCUCGAUUCGGAUCGUCAUUUGAAAGAGCCACGAUCGCAUCUAGAUAUAUUAUUAUUAUUAUUAUUAUUAUUAUUGUCAUUAUUAUUAUUAUUAUUAUUAUAUUAUUAUUAUUAUUAUCAUUAUUAUUAUUAUUAUACAUACUUGCAUAAAACGGAAACGUUUUACACGUGUGUGCACUAUAAUACGAUAAUUUAUUGUUUUGUAUUUUAGAGUAUAGAAGAAAAAAAAUAAAACUUACUAAUUCAUUAUUAAUUAUAUAUGAUUAUAUAUAUUAUAAUAUUUCUUUUUAUAUAUAUAUAUAUAUAUAUUAUAUGUAUAUAUAUGCAGCUUAUGUCUGUAACAAGAAAUAUUGAAAUUGUAACAUAUGCCGUUACAAAACCGGUGAAUAAAUAGUGCGCUCGAUAUAUCAAGAAUCAUUGAUUCGUACAUACUGUUGAAAGAUAAACUGAAAUGCGAAAGAGGAUUUCUUAUUAAGGACGAUUUUUACUUUUGGUAUACAGCGAACUCCAUGGAAUUUUUCAUAUAACUCGUUUAUUAAUAUUUUUUCGACUUUAUUUGAUAGCGUUCGUUUCGUUCGAUAACAAUUUCUCAUUACGUGAUUGCAUAAUGGCGAACAGUAUAAGUAAUUCGAUAGUAUAUUGAUAAUGUACUAAAAUUUACUAGUUAGUGAAAAUUUUCAGUUUUUUCCUUUGAAUUCAAUGCAUUGUGAGAUGUAAAAUCUUUAAAAAAAGGAAAAGAAAAAAACAUUCAAAAGAUGCGAUGCUUUCGAUGUAUAGUUUAUUAUUUAAACCUAGAUAUAUAAGAAUUAAUUGAUCAGUGACAGGACUAUGAUAGGAACCUUACCGUCGUUGUUAGUAAUUCACAAAACACUUUUUAUGAUUUGAGCUGAAGGAUGUAAGAAAAUAACAGGAUUUUUAACGAAAAGAUCCAUAUUUUAGUUUUCUAGAUUUUGAGUUUUACUAAUUUUCUACUUUUAAAUAGAUAAAAAAAAAAAAAUGUUAUGAAUUGUGAUCGAUCUAAAUUUGUGGCAAUAAAGAAUCCAAAUUUUUAUAUAUUUUAUUCUUCUAUCAGUAAGUUAAGAAAGAAUUUUUAAAAAUAUAAAUAUAUAUUUUAUAAUACGUAUUGAAAGAGUCUUGAUGCAUUAUUCGAAAAAUGUAUAAAUAAACAUUUAUUUAUAUUUUUCUUUUGUAAGAUAUUUCGAAAUAUUUAUUCUUUCUAGAUUGUAAUUCGAUUUUAAGAUUUUAGAAGAGUGAAAAAGAUUUAUCUUCUUAGUGUCCUUCAGUUUUAGUCAUCUACAUAAAUUACUAUAGUACUCUAGAAAUCGUAAGGAAUGAUCACACUUACUUCGAUAAUAUAAAUUAUGAUAAUAUUAAAAAAUUAUUAAACAUAUUUCUAUUUUUGCGUGAAUGCUUACGAUUGUUAGUUGUUGGUUAUUGUUAUCUAUUUGAUGAGAGUUUUUAAUGUUAUGCAUACCAUGAGAAAAAACAAACACAUUAUUAAAUUCCCGAUUUUUUUUUUAAUAUUACUGGAGUUGCUAUUCAUUUCAAACGCCUGUUAUAUCUAACUGUUUCUUUUUCUUUUUCUUUUUCUAUAGUUCUCUCGUGCGGCACACAAACACAGGAUAAACUUUUUUCAUAGUUACUCGAUCCAAUUUCGACGAUUUCAAAUAAUUUCCAAGAAUAAAUUCACUUAUAUUUAUCACUUAUAUUUAUAUGUUUUGUAUAAGAUAGUAAGAAAAUCGUAUUACAAUCUCUGUAAUGUCAAUUUUCUUGGUGUUUUAUAAUCCAGGAUGUAAUGUUCUGUUUCUUUACAUCCAUACUGGAAAUAUACAUCUCGACCAAAAUUACCUCUGAAUGAAACGCGUUUUGCGAUCACCUCAUCUAAUUCCUCGAUACGUGUAAUAAUAGUAAUAAUAAAUAGUAAUAAUAAAAGAAGAUAAGCAAGUGAAAGACCAUUAGGAGUGGCGGGCGUGAAUGAAGCUACCUGUGAAUGAAGUUUCAUAUAAAUAUAUAAAUGUUAAAAUGAUGAUAUCUAUACAUACGUAUAAUAAUAUAUGAACAUAUAAACAGAACUCUUUCACAAAUAAUAAUUGAGAACCUCAGUAGCGGUCAGUAGAAUAACAAAGAUAAUGGCAGAAUUUUUAAUGUCCUAUGAUUAGACGUAUUAAAGGUAAGAGAUUCAACAUGGUGAAUCUUGGAAUGUAUUGGAGCAAAAAAUCUAUCAGAUGAUAGCAUGCUUCUCUAAUGAAGUGCUAUACACAAAUCGUGUACAUGAUUGUAAUCAAUGUAAACUUGAUGCUUUUGCCAUACUUCUUUGAACUAUUAUAGAAAUCGUACGAUGCUCAAAUUGUAUGUAGUGAUGUUUUACUUAGUAACAGUGUCCUAGAACGAAUGAAUGCGGUGCGUUGCAAACCUUCUGUACCAUCAUGAAUAUUAAAAUAAUUGGAGAAUAAAUCCUUACGUUAAAUUAAGUAUGUAUAUUUUUCGUCGUCAUUUGGUACUUAGGAAUACUUUCUAUGUAGCUAAUUGUUUAGAUGGUUAACGAUAUACGUCCAUGCUCUGUAUUUUAUAUUUUUAUAUUUUUCUUAUACUAAAAUGAAGAUGGAUGUUAUUAUUAAAAAUUAGAAUUUUAGAAUAUCAAAUCAUGGUAUAUUAUGGUAGUAUCAAAGAGGUUCCACACGCACCCAUUCUGCAUAGACCAGUACAAAUAAGUUUAAUACUAAUAGUAAUAACGAAUAAAAUAAUUGUUUGACCUUACUGAAUCGUAAGGUACAUCCCACUUAAAAAAGUAGCAGGUGUCCUACUAAAUACUGUACCUUUGACGAACUAAACUAAAAAGCCAGAGUACUAAAAACAAAUCCUUCUGUGUGUAUAAAUGUCAGAAAUUUUCAUGUAUCAAUAUGAAUGCUAUACAUUAAUAACAAAUUAACUUACACAACUGCCAUUGUGAUUAACUAUUUUUUGAAACAUUAGCAUGGUCCGAUAUUACAUGUUUCAUCUUUCUUCCUUCAAAUUGAAACAAUGAGAAAAAAAGGAACGAUUCCUGUGAAAUUGUUAUACCAUUUUAUUAAGUAGAUUUUUAUAAUUUGAUUGUACAUCAUUGAAUUAUGCGCAAGACUUGUAAUGUUAAGAAGGUUAGUGAACAAAACAUUUAUCAUUUAUGUUCGAAAAUAUAAUAAUCAUAAAUGUAUGGAAUAGCUUUCUAACAUAAUAUUUCACUUGAGAAAUCAUUAUUGUAUUAACAGCUUAAAGGUACUUGUGAAUAACAAUUUUUAUUUCUAUAUGGCUAACACAAUUUAUUAUAACGAGAUCAGGUAUGUCAAAUUGUAUCACAUCAUUUUCAACACAUUGUUUGAAAUUGAGAUACUAAUUCAUCUUAGUGCUUAGUAACUAAUGACACUAUGGUUGUGCUCGAUAAUUAAAGCAAUGUCUAUAUGUGCACAUUUAUGAACGACGAAUGCGUACGUACAUAAAUAUAUAAUUGUAUGUACGUAUAUUUUUUGGAGUUCAAUUUUACUAUCUUUAAGCUGUAAAUGUCAGUUUUCGAGUUACUCUGAAGCGAUAAUUAAUUCGUAUAUACCUAUUGAACGUUCAUUUACUAAACGUACGUGUAUGUAUAUGUAUACAUUUACGGCUGUGUACAUACGUACAUACAUAUGAAUUAUUAUUACAUUAUUAAAAUACGCUUUUCUAUGUGUUAACAUAACACUUUUUCAGGUAAUGGCACAUGAAAACGUAUUUGGAAUGUGAAGAGUUCUAUAUUGGAUCGGUAACUGUUUUAUAACGAACGAGAGUAAUAUAUUCAUAAAAGAAUAUGCGUAAUAAAUAUGAUGAUGACGAUAACGAUGGGUACACAAAUUAUAUAAAUAUAGAAAACAAAGAGUGUAAGAGAGAAUGCGAUAGUGAGAGCGAGGUUGUUCAUGGAAGAAACGCGAAGAAGUCGUAUUAUGAAUAUACUUGUAAAACAGUAUGGCUAAUAACAGUCCUUGAGUAAAAAAAUAUAAUGUAUGGUCUUGCGCCAAGAGAUAAAUCGUCUAUUCUGACUUGUCUAAAUAUAAUAUUUUUAUGAAGCAAAUUAA